CCCAUCAAAAAUGAGCUGCAAAAAUCUGUUGACGCUCACACACACUCAGCAUCAACAUCAUCAGCAGCCAGAGUGUGUGUUGUGUGCUGGCUCUGCUGGUUAGAGGUUGCAGACAGCCUGUUUGAUCACAGGAGUUUUCUGUGCAGCUCUUGCCAGCUUGGUGGUUCAGCCUCGAUUUUCAUCUCUGGUUCGUCACGAUGGACGUCCUCUCCUACCUCACCUCCCCGUCCUCCUGCCCCCACGUGUACCACCUGCCAGCUUACCCCAGCAACAGCUCUGUGCCAAACGAAGCCACUACAGCCACAGGGUCCAACCAGGUGAUCCUGAGGCACUACAACCACACGGGCCGCCUGCAGAACAGGACGACCUCAGUCACCCAGGCCCCCAUCAGCGUCUCCAUGUCCGUUUUCCUCUUUUUCAGCGUGUUUAUAGUCCUGGAGAACUUCCUGGUGCUGGUGGCCGUCAUCUCCCGCAUCCGCCACAGCCGCCGCUGGGUUUACGUCUGCAUUGCUAACAUCACCCUGAGCGACCUGCUCACUGGUGCGGCCUACGUGGUCAACAUCUGCAUGUCCGGCAACCAGACCUUCCGCCUCACCCCUGCCCUGUGGCUCUUCAGGGAGGGCAUGCUGUUUGUGGCCCUGGCAGCCUCCAUCUUCAGCCUCCUGCUGAUUGCGGUGGAGCGCUACACCACCAUGAUAAAACCUCUGCACCAGAAGUCAACCAGGAAGACCUUUCGGAUCUACGGCCUGGUGGUGCUCUGCUGGAUUCUGGCGCUGGUGAUCGGUUUCCUCCCCUUGCUGGGCUGGAACUGCGUCUGCAGCCUGGAUGGAUGCUCCACUCUCCUCCCUCUCUACUCCAAGAGCUACAUCUUCUUCUCCCUCAUCAUCUUCUUCCUCAUCCUGCUGACUAUCGGGGUGCUUUAUGGUGCCAUCUACUGCCACGUACACAAGAGUGCCCAGCUGGGCCCUCAACGCAACCGCAAACGCUCCCUGGCUCUGCUGAAAACAGUGAUCACCAUCGUGGGGGUUUUCUUGGUCUGCUGGGGUCCACUCUUCAUGCUUUUGCUGGUGGAUUUCUUCUGCGCCUCCCGCCAGUGCACCCUGCUGUUCAGCGCCGAUUUCUGCAUCUCCCUGGCCGUCUUCAACUCGGGCCUCAACCCCAUCAUCUACGCGUUGGGCAGCAGCGACAUGAGGAAGGCCAUGGCCGAGCUACUGUGCUGCUGCUGCCUGAGGGCCGGCCUCUGUCGCCCCGACAAGUUCAUUUCCAAGGAGACCAGCAGCACCUCGGAGAACAGGAGGGACAGUCUGAGGAACAGCUUUAGCAAGGUCAGGAGUCUGAGUGUGGCCUCCCCACCGCCGACCCCAAGCAAACCUCGCAGAAAGUGCAGGCUGAGCACCACAACCAGCUGCCUGUCAGUUUCAAGUGGUUAAACCACAACGUGCUCCCCUCCCAAGCAAGCAAGACCGGUGUGCACUGACACACGUCUAACCGUUUCCUCUGACUCUUGGUUUGACUGUUCACAGCGCGGACGAUAAGAUGUUUAAAGAGAACUUUAAAAACAGGAAUUUAGCAUUAACUAUGCAAGGAAAUGAAAACUCUCAGGGAAUGAAACAUUCAGUUUGUCAAUGCAACUCCUACAUCUAGUGGAAAACUCUUUGUACUGGAUCAUUUGGAUGACAUUCAAUGUAUAUUAAUGUAUUUUGAAUGAGGAAAAUGUGAUGUAGUUUUGUACAAAAACUGAUUGAAAUAUAAAUAAAUUUUAUUUUGUGU